AGCUGCGGUGGAAUCUCUACAGUCAGGCAGAAUUGAAGUUGAACAACUUGGGCUCGGCUUAAUUUAAAUCAUCAAUUUGACCAUGGAUGGGCUCCAGUUUGGCGCUAUAAUUAUUGCUGCAUUAGGCACUAUUUACCUCACGGGUAAAAGUGGUAUGAUGAUGCGAAAACUUCAAGAAAUAGCUACAGGCAAGGCAGGAUGUGUGCCGGCCGAAGACCUUGGUUUUGUCACCAUACACUAUUUCGCUGGUCGAGGUCGAGCAGAAGCUAUUCGACUCCUGCUGAAGCAAGCCAAUGUACCUUAUAAUCAGACAGACUUUACCCGAGAAACUUGGCCUGAAGCCAAGAAAGCAGGAGUAGAACAAGGCCUAUACACCUAUGGACAAGUACCUGCUAUUUUGACAUCAUCAGGUGUAUCUAUGGUCCAGCAGCAGGCCAUCCUUCAUUACAUUGGUAGGGCUACAGGAAUGGACUGUGAUUGUGAAGAUCUCCAUCGCUGUGAGGUUCUAGCUCAAGGAGUUGAGGACGCUCGCAGCAAGUUAUCAAAGAUGAUCUAUGACCCGUCUUUUUCGCUUGCCAUGAGGAAUGAAUACUUGAGGGAGAUAGCUCCGCUCUGGCUGGGAUACUUUGAGAAGAUAGCCCCCUCUAUACCCUCUCAGCAAAAUGGAUAUUUUGUAUCUCAUCGACUGACCUGGGUGGAUUUCCUCAUCUUCGACCUCCUCGACACCAAUGUGGAAUUCGGCAAGCUGGAUAUAGGGCGCUCUCCUGUGGCCAUCUUAGCAGAGUUCCCGAAACUCAACUCCUACUACAACCACAUGAAGGCAUUACCAAGUAUUGGAAAUUAUCACAGGAGUUCUGAGAGGCCUCCUUUUAAGAUACCAUACAUGCCUAAACCUGAAUCGAAUGCCAAACAGAUGUGAAUUUAAGAGUGUUUGUCUGAAAUAUGUAGUACUAUUCAUUUUAUUUUAGCCAACAGUCCAGUGUAUGUACAUGUAGCUGUGGUGAAAUAUUUAGAGUGAAAAUUACAUGAAAUGUAAAAUUUGUUGUGUUGUGUAGCCUAAGGAUUAAUUGUUGAAUAUGGGGUCUGAAGAGUAUCUAGUUACUGUCUUUAUUGUUAGAAAGACAUUCCUCAUGAAAAAAAACCAUACUGAAUUAUGUAAUAUAAUUUGGGAUAUUAAGUUCAAAUUCAUUACACAAUUAGGGUAAUUUUUAAACAUUUCAGCUUUCCUUGAUUGAACUUUAAAGAUGACUUGUCUCAUGACUGUAGAGCAUUUAAGUGCAUAAAAAUAUAUUUUGUGUUGGAUCACUUGGAUAUUAUGAAAUUCAUCUGAAAUAUGAUUAUAAUUUAACUGACCCCAUUCUGUGCCGCCAGAAGGAGUUUGUAAGAACCCUUCAUUAUUUGAGUUGCUUCGCUUCAAUUUACGGCUGAUACUAAGCCUAAAUUGUGUACCUACCUUCAUAGCCAACCACAGUUCGUUGUUUAGCAUCCAUUGUCUCUUUCGGUUCUAUUAUAUAUUGUUUUGCUCCAGCGUUCUAGUUAUUUGUGCGAUUUUACUCCAAUGAUUGCAUGUCGAAAAGCGUCAGUAUGUCAGUUUUUAAGGCUAUUUUACGAUUCUGUGGUACCAAAAUUUAUUUAUUGAAUAGAAUUUAGUAGAAAUAGGUGGAUUCAAAUAUGUAAAUCUUUAUCCUUCUGUACAAAGUCAUCUGUCAGGAGAGAAAACUUUUAUAACUUAUUCUGUUUUGUGUAGUUUCCAAGGUUCUGAAGUUGUAGAUGGAUGUAUAAAUUAUUCACAGUUCAUUUUUCAGUCAUUUUGAUCUUUCAUACUUCUUUUCAUGUACACUGCCAAAUGGGUGGAACUCUCACAAAACUUCCUUCUCAUCUACCUUCAAACGUAGUGAUAUGUAGUAGCAACAUUUGGUAAAACUUCCUAGAAAAGAUUAUACGUUAUUUCAGCAUAGAUUGUUGUUAUGGAAUUAUUCUGUUUAACAGAACCAAGUUCUUACCAUUAUAACCCUCUAUGGGUAUGAUCAUUUGAUUAUUUAAUUGUAAAUGUAAACCAAGUCUUUCAAAAGCAGGAAGAAUUUUUCCUUUGUAAAAAGAUAGGUCAGCAAAUUGUGAUACAUAAAAAUAUAUAUUCUAAAUCAAAACUUCAAACUAGUUGAAUAUUAUUUAGCUAUUUGAUCAAAGAGCAAUAUGACACAUGAAUACGAUCAUCUGGUUACUAGAUUUUCAGUGGCUGAAUUCACAAAGUGUUUAUUAUCAUGUUAUGGUUCAACCUGUUCUAUCAAGGAGGCUAAACAAGCCCCCCCCCCAAAAAAAAAAAAAAAGGAAACAAAUAACUACUUGAAUAAACAAUUAACUUAAUAGAUAAAAAGAUAGAAAAUAGAUAAAUGAAUAAAUUAAUAUAUAUACUAAUGAAUUGAUUAAUGAAUUAGUGGAUAAUUGAAUAAAAUAAUAAUUGAUAGAAUAAAUAAUUCAUGAAAUGAAUAAAUAAGUUUAAAGAAGGAUAAAAUGUGGAAAGUUCAUUUGAAUGCCUCUGCCUACUAGGUCCCGUUUCAUAAAGUCUUGUUAUAUUAACAAAUGCACAAUUUCUAUAACAAAUUUACCAUCAGCCAAUCAGAUCGAAGGCUUUCAGUAGCUUUUAACUGUUAUUGAAAAUUUGAUAUUGAAACAAGUUUAAUGAAACGGGUCACGGGAGAUUGGUGCUGGAAAAAUAGCAAAUGUUAUUUUUUUUAAUUUGACAAGCAUAAAGUCUCGGUCACCACCACUUUUUUCUAAACAACCUAGAGAACUGCUGAUUUAUCACUUUUUAAAUCAAAUCAUGUCAAUAAUGAUGUAAUCAUUGAAUUAUUUUUUGUAGAAUCAUGCAAUAUUGAUGAUUAAUUUCUUUGUUAUUUAUGCUUGAAUGAAAUAAAUAUGUGAUUGUUCAUAUUUUUACCUCA